AUGCCUCAUGGCGGGCGGUGACGCCCGCACCACCGAAAGAACGAACACCCGUCGCUGGCAGCAAAAGCAGCAGCGGCCGCUCCGCCAAAUUACCGACAAUCAAACCGGGAGGUUAGACGACGUCGACGACGACGUCGCAUUAUCAAGGCGGCCUCCGCGCGCGUACGUUUGUCUGUGUGUGUGUGUGUAGGGUCGCGUCUCUCUCGUCGUGUGGUGCCCACCGACUCAAAAGCUUGCUAGAUUCGUGGCCGUGCGGUCGUGAAUAGACGGCUGAGACUGGCAGUUCCGUUCGUUUGUUUCCGCGUGUCGCUCGAUUAUCUUGUCGCACCGCGUCCCAUCGAUCCGACUUCGUCGCGUUUUUGUGCGCCCUUUUCGCACCGUCGCACUUGGGAUACCCGCCUCCAAGGAUGAACGCCUUUCGGAAUUUCCAGGUUCCGUUCUAGUGGAAACUAGGAAAAAAAACUGUACUUACUCGGGUAGCAUUAUUGGGUCUCAGAAAAAAAAACAGAAAAAAAAUCGCGACAAUGAGUUCGGUGCUGUUAGAAUCCAGGCCGUUCAGGCCGUUCAAGUCGAGCGAGGAGUACCUCUACGCGAUGAAAGAGGAUCUCGCAGAAUGGCUGCAAACCAUGUACCCCUUCCUGAACAUAGCGGUGGACAAUUUCAUGGAAAAACUAGAGACGGGGGUGGCCCUGUGCGAGCACGCCAAUGCGGUCAAGGCGCAGGCGAUCGAAUACGUAGAAAAGAAAAGGGCUCGACAAGCAAUGACGAGAUCAGCUACCGGUUCGUUGGCCCAAGCCCAGACUUUAAUCCGUAUACCUGACGUCAAAUAUUUUACCACCGCCAAAGCGGGCACGUUUUUCGCUAGGGACAACGUCAGUAACUUCAUCAACUGGUGCCGUUUCUCCUUGGAGAUAAUCGAGUGUCUGCUAUUCGAAUCCGACGACCUGAUCAUGCGCAAAAACGAGAAACACGUCAUCCUGUGCUUGUUGGAGGUGGCGCGUCGCGGCGCCAGGUUCGGUAUGCUCGCGCCGAUGCUCGUCCAAAUGGAACGACAAAUCGAUCGGGAGAUCGCGGCGGAUCAGAGGAAACUCGGGUUCGUCGUCGAAAACGGUAACCAAAACGGGUUGGACGACGAUAGCGACAGCGACUUGGAGGACGAGGAGCCUGUGAUGAUGUACGGCCCGGUACCCCAGAUCGUCACCAAUGACUUGAAGAGUCUCGACGAGAUGGUUCGAGAUCUGGUGGAGAAAUGCACGUGCCCGACCCAGUUCCCGAUGAUACGCGUGUCGGAGGGCAAGUACAGGAUCGGAGACACCAAAGUGCUCAUUUUCGUCAGGAUCCUAAGAAAACACGUAAUGGUACGGGUGGGUGGGGGCUGGGAUACCCUGUCCCAUUACCUGGAUAAACACGACCCCUGCAGGUGCAGGGUCCAGCACCGGCCUACUCAAGGGGCCCGGCUCGUUCCGGGAAGGGCGCCCGAUCUUCAUGGGGCUCAGGUCUUUUACGACAGAUGCGCAGUAUCGCCCGCAUCUUUGCCGCCCACUAUUAACGGCACUGCAGGUUCCCACCACACAUUGGGGCCGCCGAUGAACUCCCUCAAUAGGUCCCGCUCGAGGUCGCCGUCGCACACGUCCUAUAUCGAUGCCAGCAGACGCUCCGUCAGUCCUAACUUACCCAGGAAAACGCUUGCCCUACCACCUAACAGGUCUCGCAGCCCCACCCCCAACUUCACUUCUACCCACGUCACCAAAUUGACCACGGCCACCACCCCCAACAAAAGUCCCGCGCAGAGGGGUAGCGGUCCCCAAAGUUUACCGUUCAUCCCUACAUCGCCCAAAUCGAAACACGUUACCAGCGUACAGAUACCCGUCGUAGACAGUAAGGUUAUGAAAUCGGAAGCGAGCCUCCACGUGAACGACACGGACCAGAGCGACACCACGUCCGAAAUGUCCGACGAGGGAUACAGAAGCUUGGGCGUCGUCCAGGACAAAGUCAAGCAGCGGUCGUCGGUUUAUAGUCAGAAUUCGGCCGAAGAUGUCGAAGAGAAUGAACAUCAUCAAGUGUAUACCGAGGACGAACUGAACGAUUUCGGUCUGCGCAAAACCAGCUUCUCGCAGCGCAUCUACGAAAACGAGCCGAAAUUUUUGACGAGAGCGACGCCGGAACCGAAACCGAUCUGCGUCGAGACGGAUGCUGUUUCAUUGCUGAAACCCGUACGCCCGGUCCAAAUCAAAGACGAAGACGAAUCGAAACCGAUCCUGCGACGUUCUCUCAGCACCGACCGUCCCGAGACGUUCAAGGGCCACGGCGUGAGGAAAACGACUCCGACGACGAUGUCUGUGAAGAAACCGGAGUCGAAGAUCAACACCUGGAACGGGAGGUCGAAGAGCGCGAGACCCAGUUUGAGCAGCGACACGUUCACGCCCCCUCCAUUUCAGAGAAACUCAACCGCGAGAAGAAGCGUGUCGGCGGUGAGCGAUAACAGAAGGACGUCGGCGUCGGCACACACGUCGCCCACCAAAAGCAGACUCAAGCAGGAGCUGCUUGACGCGGUCAAACGUGCGGACGACGAUCAGACCAUAGCCAUGCAGGUCCAGGAACUGCUCCGUAAAUACGGCAGCCUGAGCACCCUCGACAACGAGGACGACUACGCGCAGGCCCCGACGAAAUUCGUCAGGCAAACGCCGCAACGCGUGUCCUACCGGAGUCCCAGGAAGGACUCGAGACCGGAGAAUAACUUGUCGAAAAUACCCGCCCCCGUCUCCUUCAAAGCCUGAAGGGCAGAGAAGACGAGAGACGGAUCGACUAUCGAUCCUCCAGUAGUAGUCGCCGGACUGUCCGUCCGGUGGCGCCAGGUGCUAUUUACCGUAUAGUUCGUAGGCCAGAUCGCGUAUAUCAGUUUUUUAAAAAAAUUUCAACAUUCCACCAGAUGGCGUGGAGUGCGAAAACGCCUUUGUAGAGGAAGAAAGACACAGGGUGUUAUUAGGAAGCAAUAUCAUAGGCCCUAAGGUAGUUUUUUUUAUAUAACACUUACUGUAGUGUUAGUGUAGUCUAGUCUAACCGCACUUUUUUCAACCCUAACGAGGAUACGUAAACGAGACGGUCUUGCCAAUAAUAGGUGGGCGUGCAAAAAAAAACAUGACGUCAAUAAUUGAUUAUACUCAAAGUACAAACUUUUAAUGUGGCCUCCGCCCGAGUCGAGAAACAUCCCGAGAAGAAAAACGUCCAGGAAGCUCCCGACAUAUUUUUGACAAAAAAAAAAACGCGUAAUCAAAAUAUAUCGAAAUUGCGGGGGAGGGGGUCGUUUUUACGGGGGCAAACAAAGAAAAAAAUGUUUUUCCUCCGCUUCAUCCUCUCCUCGCGUUACUAACCGCUUAUUCGCGCGUAAUUUUUUACGGUUUACCCUUACCACAUAGGUGCUAACAUUUAUCGUUAAUUUUGAAUUUGAAAUAUAAUGGCGAACAAUUUAUCUCUCGCGACCCCGCUCGUUUUACUUCAGAAAGGGGAACGUAGGUGGGCAGUACCUCAUAAAAAUGGACAUAUAAGAGUAAAACGAGGAGGGGUGAGCCCAUAUUCGUAUAGUGGAUCAAGUAUAAUAUUAUAUUGUAUUUAAGGAACAAAUCAAACGCGUAGAAAUCGUUCAAGUUGUUAGAUAUUUUUAAAAAUCGGAAGAAAUAUUUUUGAAAAGGCUCAAUGUUUCUAGCGACAGACUUAGAAAUCACAUUCCAACUUUCGUAUUAAAAAUAAUUAUAACCCACCAGUUUUAUGAUUUUUUGGACGAGAACAAUUGUACAACAUUUUAUUAUCGUGUAUUAUUAUUACUAUAUACCUUAACCGGACUAUACAAUUUUUAUUGUCUUAUUUAUUAAUUUUACCUUUUAUUGUUGCAAUUUUACAAUAAAAAAAAAUGACUAAUACAUCUGGGUGAGUUUUAUUUCCGUAAGUCAUAUGGGAUGGAUCUGGGACAUGAAGGAUUGAUAUGAUAUUACAAUUAUUUGAAAUACUCGCAAUACUUUCGAAAAACCGCAUCCCAAUGCCAUUACAAAUUAAACAAACAUAUUUCCGCCAUUUUUUUUUU